AUGACUGGAACAUUUGAUUACGGAUAUUUAAGUACACCAACAGGUCAACUUAAUAUUGCUGAAAUAGUUUGUUUAAUUGGUGCUUUGAUUAGUAUUGGAUUUACAUCACGUUUAUAUUGUGAAUUAGUUGAUAAUUUACAAUGGAUUUAUCCUGAACUAAGUACAUUACUUGUUCGAUCAACUUAUCAAGCAUUUGCUAUAUUUUGUUUUACUGUAACAAUUGUAAUUCUUAUUGUACAUAUUUAUGGUAUACGUUUUACAGGUAGAAAUUAUUCUUAUAUAAAUCGAAUUUGUUUAAUUUUUAAUGUCAUCAUGGGACUUAUGAUGAUAAUAAUUGGUAUAUGUGCAGCAUUUUGGGAAGAUAAACUUAGACGUACACCUGCUAUUAUUCGACGAGGAUAUUUAGAAAAUGGAUAUCAACAAAUUUACGGUGAGACAACUCAUCCACGACCAGGUGCAGCAGCAGCAGCAGCCGUCUUUGCUAUUUUAACUGGUAUUCUAUUUAUUAUUGAAGCCUGUACACGACCUAUGUUAGAUACAGGUGUAAAACCUGUUCCAACACAUUAUACAAUACCAGUUAUACCUCAACGUGAAGUGAUAAAGAAUAACAAAGGUGAACGUAUAAUACCGAUCGAAAGAAUAAUAUGA